AUGCAAGGUAUACGUGCUGGCUGCAUUACGUCUGCAGUAUUAACAAUACUAGCUGGUAUCAUAAUUGUUAUUGCUGGUGCAUCUAUAUCUAGUAAAAAUACACCAUACCGUGACUACUGGCCAGAACUGUAUAGCCUACCAAUCUAUGCAGCUGUUGUAGGAGGACUGGCUAUCAUUCUUUCGGCGGGGUUACUUUAUGUUAUAACAAGACAAUUUCCGGCUUUAACAACGGUCGUCUCUAUAGGUUUAAUUGUUGUUGCCAUAUUAGCAUUAAUUUCCGGUGCUCUUGAUAUUGCUGGACGUGCUCAUAUUCGCUCAAGAACUUUAAAUACUACGAAGUAUUUGGUGAGUAAUUUUUAUGCAAACAAUUCUGACACUCAAGAAGUAUAUAAUCGAUUACAACAAACAUACAAAUGCUGUGGUAUUAUUGAUGCAUUCGACUGGUCAAAACUGGAUCCCACUACAUCAUCAGUACCUGAUUCAUGUUGCAUUAAAAUGUCACCCGGAUGUGGCUAUAAUCAACUGGUGCAACAAAAUCACAUUUAUUUAAGUGGAUGUGCUGAAAUCGUAGGAAAUGCAUAUUCGUUGCAUUAUGCUACACUUAUUGUUUUCAGUUUUCUUGUCAUGGUGUUUUGCAUCACAGAAGCAAUAACAGGAUUUUUGUUUGAAAGUCACAUCAGACAACGUUAUGAACUUAUGUAG